GAGUGGCACACCAGUGUGGGACAGAAGGAGCUACAGGCCCCCUCCCACAUUAAAGAGGAGCAGCUUCAUGAUGAAGAUGAAGCUCAGUCCUUACAGCUUCAUCACAGUCAAAGUGAGGAGAACAGAGGGGCGGAGCUUGUAAGUCAACACAUCACAGAAGCUGAUGGAGAGCAUUGUGAAGAUAUCAAGUCAGAACCAGACAGCAUCUUUGCUCCACUGUCAGACAUGGACCACAUGAUGUCACACUCUUCUGAUCACAGUGACCACAUCCAAAAACCUUUGGAGAGUAAAAAUGACUCUAAAGGUGAUACGAGAAAUCACACUAACAACAAACACUUUGACUGCUCUGAAUGUGGGAAAUCAUUUAGAAAGAAGAGUAAUUUUACAAGACACACGAGAACACAUACUGGAGAGAAACCUUUUACUUGCUCUGUUUGUGAGAAGAGUUUCUCCAGAAAGGAAUGCAUGACCACACACAUGAGAACACACACUGGAGAGAAACCUUUUGCUUGCUAUGUUUGUAAGAAGAGUUUCUCCACAAAGGGUGACAUGACCACACACAUGAGAACACACACUGGAGAGAAACCUUUUGCUUGCUCAGCUUGUGCUAAAAGAUUCAACACCAAGUAUGACAUGAUAUUACACAUGAGAACACACACAGGUGAGAAACCUUUUACUUGCUCUGUUUGUAAGAAGAGUUUCUCCAGAAAGGAACGCAUGACCACACACAUGAGAACACACACUGGAGAGAAACCUUUUGCUUGCUCAGCUUGUGCUAAAAGAUUCAACAAUAAGGAUGACAUGACAUUACACAUGAGAACACACACAGGUGAGAAACCUUUUACUUGCUCUGUUUGUAAGAACAGUUUCUCCACAAAGUGUAACAUGACCACACACAUGAGAACACACACUGGAGAGAAACCUUUUGCUUGCUCAUUUUGUGCUAAAAGAUUCAACACUAAGAAGAAAAUUAUAUUGCACAUUAGAACACACACAGGUGAGAAACCUUUUACUUGCUCUGUUUGUAAGAAGAGUUUCUCCAGAAAGGAACACAUGGCCACACACAUGAGAACACACACUGGAGAGAAACCUUUUGCUUGCUCAGCUUGUGCUAAAAGGUUCAACACUAAGAAUGAAAUGAUAUUGCACAUGACAACACACACAGGUGAGAAACCUUUUACUUGCUCUGUUUGUAAGAAGAGUUUCUCCUGUAAGCAAAGCAUGACCAGACACAUGAGAACACACACUGGAGAGAAACCGUUUAGUUGCACUGUGUGUGAUAAGAUGUUCAUGUAUAAGUAUCAGGUCAGUAGACACAAGUGUGUAACAGUCAUGGAAGCUGCAGGGAUGUAAAAACACUUAAACAGUGAUUGUGCUAAAUGUAGUUUAAAAACACAGCAUGUUUAAUAUGAAUGUAUAUUUGAUGUUGUAUGUAGUGCUUCUCAUCUUCUAGUCUUAUAUGUUGUCCUGUAGUUACUUUUUAAGUUGUGUGCAUGUAUUGAAUAUUAUAUAUGUAGCUACUGUUCUAUUUUAUGUUAUCGUUGUUGAAGAGAGGACAUCUUAUUUUCAUGUGUGUUU